ACGCGAUCGGCGGAGGGAUAGCAGAAGCUUCAGGACAGUGAGAGCUAGGCAGGCAGCGAGAGACGGGCUAUAAAUUGCUGCAGAUAGAGUUGGGGACGUGGAAAUAUUUCGUUGUACGCAUUUGCGACGAAAGCAAAUGUAAACUUUGGGAUACUACAUCUAGACGUUCGAGCUGCCAUCAGUUUACGGCUUGGUAUUCUACAGUGGAAUAUAAAAAUGUCGUCUCCAAGUCCGGGUAAAAGGCGAAUGGAUACUGACGUGGUGAAACUCAUCGAAAGCAAGCACGAAGUCACAAUCCUCAGUGGACUCAAUGAAUUUGUAGUGAAGUUUUAUGGACAACAAGGAACAGCGUACGAGGGGGGCGUAUGGAAGGUGCGAGUAGAUCUACCGGACAAAUACCCUUUCAAAUCCCCAUCAAUAGGAUUCAUGAAUAAAAUCUUCCAUCCCAACAUCGAUGAAGCGUCAGGAACAGUGUGUUUAGAUGUCAUCAACCAGACGUGGACAGCCCUUUAUGAUCUCACCAAUAUCUUUGAGUCGUUCCUGCCUCAGCUGCUGGCAUACCCCAACCCCAUCGACCCGCUGAACGGAGACGCGGCCGCCAUGUACCUCCACCGGCCAGAGGAGUACAAACAGAAAAUCAAAGAGUACAUCCAGAAAUAUGCAACAGAGGAGGCUCUCAAGGAGCAGGAGGAGGGCCAGGGCGACUCCUCAUCGGAAAGCUCCAUGUCGGAUUUCUCUGAAGACGAAGCCCAGGAUAUGGAGUUGUAGUGAUGGGAGACGACUCCCCUUUAAAACCACAGACUGUAUGAUUUCCUAACCAUGAGAAA